CGUCAUUCCAGCGCAUGGUUCACAGCGCGCCGCGCCGCACCUUCAUAAUAAAUGCGAUGGCUUGCGCUUAAUGAGAUAGCUGAAGAAGGACAAAAACCAAUCAUAACUAUUUAUGACUUGACAACAUGCAAACGCCGCAAAAUACUGACGGUUCCAUUCGAAAAUUCGACUGCGCGUGAAUUUGCCUGCGUACAAUUUUCCUUCGACUCAAAGUACCUUGUAGCCAUAACCGGGGAACCUGAUUGGUAUUUGUAUUAUUAUAAUUGGGACAAAGGAAAGGUGGAGAGCCACGCAAAAGCACAGAACCCAAGUGGUCAAGGAACUGUCGAAAGCGUACAAUGCAACCCUGCAGACGCGACGCUGGUGGUAAUCACUGGACCAUACACGUUUCGUAUCAUGAAUGUCGCGGAAACCGUAUGGAGACAAUGGGGAUGGUGCAAAGCCGAAAACAUCAACAUAACGACCUGCAUGUGGCUGACGCCGGACCGCAUCAUGUUCGGCACCGACAACGGCGUCAUCAUGAUGGUCGAAAACGGGGAGCUGCGCCAGAACUGCGUGUUCAACGCGCUAGACGUCAUUGAGAUGUCUUUAAAGAAGGUUGAGGUGGAGGCAGCGGAAGAAGGCGACAAGACCAGUACAACCAGCAAAGACCAGAGUAAAUCAGAAAGCGAACAUUCCAUAGAUACUGACAGAGAGAUUUAUCCAGUCACCAAUUUCGUAAAUUUUCCUAAAGGUUUUGCCUACUGCUGCGGACAAGGAUACGUGCAUAUGUUCGAAAAGGAAUCACCUCAUCACUGGAGAAAGCGAAAUUUGUUCAGGAUUUCAAGGAAAUGCUACAAACAUACUCGAGAUUACCCAGUUUGGUCACACCUCGACGCCAUACAGCAUAUCGCCAUCGAUCCUAAUCAAGAGACUCUGCUUAUAACGACACUAAGGAAACAACUGUAUUAUGUCAAGCUUUUUGGACAGCAUAUGUUGCAGAACCCAGAAAUAGCAUUCAACGAGCUCGGGCCCGCUAUGCACUUCGGACCUAUCAACUCGCUAUCCAUGUGCGCGUGGAAGCCCAUCUUCAUCACGGCUGGCGAACAGGACAAGAGCAUCCGGAUUUGGAACUACUUGACCGACGAUAUUGAAAUGAUUAAGUUGUAUCAAGAGGAGAUUUCGUGCGUGUCUUUACAUCCUACGGGUCUUUUCGCUGUAAUAGGAUUCUCAGACAAACUACGAUUCAUGGUGGUACUGAUUGACGAUUUCGAAGUGAUGAGAGAGUUUCCAAUAAGAAACUGCAAACGCGCCAAGUUUAGUACGAACGGCCAUCUUUUCGCCGCUGUUAACGGUCAAGUCAUACAAGUGUUUUCAUCCGUUUCGUUUAACAAUGUGUAUAAUCUGAAGGGGCAUAAUGGAAUUAUAACGUCUCUUACAUGGUCCGCUAACGACCUGUGGCUGGUUUCCUGUGGAAACGAGGGCGCCGUGUACGAAUGGAGCAUGUCUACAGGCCAGCGAGUCGGCGAAGUCAUCCUGAAGACUAACCAGUUCGCCUCGUGCGCCGUUAACAGCCUCGGAAAAAUAACGUAUGCGGUGGGCAGUGACGGGGAAAUCAAAGAGAUUGGCUCCAAUACCAUCCGAAGGAACCUGCCAUUACUUGGUUGCCCACUUGACACUAUAUUACUGUCUCGCUCUGACUUGAUGCUGUUCAUAACCGGGGGAGAGGGAGGGGUGUCGUCAGUUAACCUGCCACUGUUGGACAAAGCUAUUUAUAAUGAGUUCCAUAUGCACAACAAGAAAGUGACUUGUAUAGCUCUGGCUUAUGACGACCAAACGCUGAUAUCCGUGGCCGAAGACGCCUCGAUUUGUAUAUGGCGGUUGACGAAUGCUGAAGGACGAGCAAUAGCUUUGGAUAAGGAUUUCGCUUACUCUAAGGAGAUAUUGAUCAGUAAGAAAGAUUUGAAGGAGAAAAUCAAUAGCAUCAAUCUACUCAGUACAAGAAUGAGCGAGUUGGAAACCGAACACUCGUACCAACUCCGCCAAGCUGAAGCCACGCAAGCAGAGAAACUGAAAGAGGUCCACGAGGGGUACUGCGCGGCCAUAGAAGAACUCAAGGAAAAGAAUGAGACAAUGGAAAAUGAACAUAGCCACGAAAUCGGCAUGAUUCAGCAAGACAUUGCAAAACUGCGUUCGGGACACGAGAGAACACUGCAAGCGUUGGAGGCGGACUUCAACAUCAGGCUUAUCGGCGAAUACGAUAGAUACCAGAGUCUGGAAGACAAAACAGCUCGGAUGCGUAAAGACUACGAGCAGCGGCUAGAAGACCUCGCCGAGAGCAAACGGCAAGCUCUGCGGGAGAUGAACAACAAGUUCGAAGCCAAACUGGAGGAAAAGGAGAUGCUGUUGCUAGAGUUACAAGAACAAGCUGACUUGGAGAAACGAGAGCAUGAAACUAUCAAAUCGUCUAUCGAAGAAGACGCGGAUCGCGAAAUAAUAGAAAUCAGAACAUCGUACGAAGUGCAGUUGAAGGAAGAAAAAGACGCAAACGUCAGACUGAAGGGAGAGACCGGUCUUAUGAAGAAGAAAAUGAUUGCUGCCCAUAAGGAAAUCGAGGAGUUUAAGGUUCAAGUGGCGCAACUAAAAUUGGAACACAUACAAUUUCAAAAGGUAAUCUCAAACUUGGAGCGCGAUGUGACGGAUUUGAAAAAAGAGAUACAAGAAAGGGACGGCACCAUUCAGGAUAAAGAAAAGCGCAUUUAUGAACUGAAACGUAAGAAGCAGGAAUUGGAAAAAUACAAAUUUGUGUUGAACUUCAAGAUUACAGAGUUGAAAAAUCAGAUCGAGCCGUUAGAUCGCACAAUCAAAGAGAAAAAAGUGCGUAUUCUAGAAUUGGAAGUGUCACUUGAGACCCUGCUUAAGAAAAGAUCGUUCCGUGAACUCAAGAUCUCUCGGCUGAAUGAACAGUUAACGUCGGCAAAGAAGGAUUUCAUGAAUGAAGCCGAAAUGAAUCUGCAACUGAAAAACACCUUGAAGAAGAUCAAAAUUGAUCUUCACAACAUGACGGCCAACUUCCAAGAUCCGAAUAAACUGAAAUUAAACGUAAAGGCUCUAUUCCACAAGUACGUGGAAGACAUAGACUUCGUGCGAAGCCGUGUAGCGGAGAACGAGGCUAUCCGUGAGUUCAACCGGCAAAGAGAACAUCUCGAGAAGCAAGUGGCUGGGUACAGGCAGCAACUUGCCAAGGCGCAGGGCGGUUCCAAGAACGAUAUCAACAGGAUUAUGGAUGAGAAUUGCACCCUUCUCUCCGAGAUCAAUAAUCUACGUACAGAGCUGAAGUCAACGCGAUCACGUUGCUUCCAAAUGGAGUCUAUCUUGGGAUUGUCCGCGCGUUACAUCCCGCCCGCCAUCGCUCGCGCUAAGUUGAAACAUGUCACAGAAGACAGGGAAAAAUUGGAUGAGAAGUUCAAGCAGAAAAUUGAGGAAAGAGAAGAAACUAUAGUCGCCUUGAAGGAGGAAAACGACCGUCUGCUCAGCAAGAUGCGCUGCGUAGAAGAAGCGGGCGAUGGCUCGCCGCGACCCGGCAAGUCCUAAUUACUGCAAAUCGAGCCAAAGAGGCUUACUCAAACUAUUAUAAGGAGGUCAAUAAGGGACUGUUGAUAUUAUAAAGAUGAAAUUUAACCCCUCGCAUGUGCAUGUCAAAUUUGAUAAUUGUUAUUGAUAAAUUCCCAGACACAGAUCUGUGUCUCGGUAUAGGUACUAUAGACCGUCAACCAAAUCUUGUCACUAGAAAAAGGCGGCAAAUUUGAAAAAUCGCGGGCUAGCAACACUAGUUUUGAAAAUCGGUGGAAAUUCGCGUGUCAUUUGUAUCUUAUGU